AUGAAGACACUUCUGUUUGGGCUCCUGCUUGGCCUGGCGUACAUGGAGUUGGCCCAGUCCUUACGAUGUUACACGUGCAAGGAACCAACGGACAUCACUAAGUGCAAAACAGUCACCCUCUGCCCCCCAAAAUCCAUCGUGUGCACAACAACGCUGCACUCUGUAGACUCAGGUUACCCCUUUUUUGGCAACAUCACCGUCACCAGAAACUGUGAGGAGGAAUGUGUCUCCUAUGAUGGGAUAGGGGCGAACAAACCCAAGUCAUGCUGCUACACUGACCUCUGCACCGAUGACACCAGGAGCCGCAAUGGGGUGGGACGCAGCUCUGCAGCACUGGGGCUGAUGGCCAUGGUUGUUGGCACGGUCCUCCAGUGCGCUCUGUAA